GGGCCGUCCGGGACUGCAGCCGAGGAGGAGGCGGCGGCCGACCCCAGAUGCCAAGGCUCUGGUGAGCAGCGACAGCCACGGGGAGAGCCUGGAGCCCAUGGAAUAGAGCCGAUCCCCGGCGCGGUGUCUCCGAGCAGGACCCGGACGAGCCCGAGGCAGAGACAGGAGCCGGACAUGCCCGAGCCAGCCCCGCUGAGCGGGGACAGGAAAGCGGCGGAGAAGAAGCGGGUGGAGAAGGUGGGAGCCAAGGGCAGCGCUGCCGGGCCUCCAGUCCCCAGGAGCCUCCCGGUGCAGAGCAAGGCGGAGCCGCCCAGCCUGGACCCGGCGGAGGAGCCGCUGCUCUGGGAAGGGCUCACCCUCAACAAGUGCAUCCUGGUGGCCUCCGUGGUGGCCCUGCUCAGCGUCACCUUCCAGGUGCUCCAAGCUCCAUGCUCCAAGGAGGGACUCGCCCGCGGCCGGCAGGAGCCUCCGCCCCCGCCCGUUCCCGAGCCGCUGAGCCCCAAGGCGGAGGAGAUCCCGGAGGUGGUGACUGCCCAGCCCCCGCCGCCACCGGAGAGCAGCGUGCCGGAGGAUGACGGUGAUGACGAAGACGGUGAGGAUGACUAUGACAGCGAAGCUGACAGCAACCUGGCAGAACCCUGGAUCUUCAAGAAGUGGUUUGGCCGUGCAACACCAGAGGAUGAGGACAAGGAUGGGGACAAGGAUGAAGAUGAGGACAAAGAUGAAGACAAAGAUGAGGAUGAGGACAAGGAAGAAGAACCUGAAGAUGUCCCCGAGGUGCCAAUGGCUGUGAUGGAGGGGAAGAAGAGUCAGGAGAAGCAUAAGAAGGUAGAGAAGGAGGAGAAGGAGGAGGAGAAGGAGGAGGAGGAGGAGGAGGAGGAGGAGGAGAAAGAAGAAGAAAAGGAGGAGAAGGAGGAAGACAAAGAGGAGAAUGAGGAGGAGGAGGAGGAAGAGGAGGAGGAGGAAGAGGAGGAGGAGAAGAAGGAGAAGAAGAAGAAAGAGAAGAAGGAGAAAUCCCGGGAAGGCCGUGCUGUCCAUGCGGAGCGGAGCAGCCGGAGGGAGGCACGAGCCAAGGACAGGACAGCGGGGGACAAAGCUGGCAGAGCCCCCAGGGCCCCCAGGGAACCCGAGCAGCAGCCCCAGAAGAAGCGGGACCGGGAGAGGAAGGAGAGGAAGGAGAGACGGCGGGAGCGGGAGGAGUCCCGGAGGGAGGGGUGGAAGGGCCGGCCCGGCCGGGAGAGCCCGAGGCGGGACUGGAAGCAGCAGCAGAAGGGCAGGAAGCCCUGGGAGCCGGGCAGGGAGGGCAAGAGGCGCGACUGAGGCCGGGCGGGCGCGGGUCCGGGGGGAUCCGAUCCCACCACUGCCCCCGGCCCUGCCUGUCCUCCAGAGACACCCCCGGGCACGGGCAGCGCCCCAGGACCCCGCGCAGCAGCAGAGCAGCCCAGGAGCCUGGCACGAGCCUCCCCGGGGACUUGGGGCUCCCCUGGAUCAAAGGCGACCUGAAAGGACUCGUGGAAGGAGCUUCUUGGGGCAUCGCUGCUUCUGCAUCCCCACCCAAAAUCCCUCUGCAGUUCAUCUCCACUCGUGGUUCCCAGAGAACAGAGCUGUGUCCAGACUGUGCAGCUCUUGGGUUAAUGGUUUUAUUGAAAGCAAAUCAAGAGAGAAGAAUAUUCUGGGUUACAGAACCAGGCUGCAGCCGUCCAGGGGGACAUCAGGGACAGACCCCGCGACCUCCCCGAGUCACUGCGGGGUGGCCCGGACCGUGCUGGUGACAGAGCAGGGCUGGAGCCCCUCACCCUGCGGGCCCCGCCUUCUCCGAGUCGCUUUUAGGAAGGAAACACAAGAGCAAUAUCACACAGCCAGAGGCGUCCACAGCCCUGACCCAUGACAGGUUUCAGCAUUUGCUAAAUCAACAGUGGUUAAAAUAAACUAUUUUCAUUUUUAAUAAGGUA